AUGGACAAUUCCAGGGUUGAUGACAUGUUUUCCGACACAUGCAAGGUGAAAUUAGUAGAAGUAGUCUACGAAGUUUAUGGAAAACUCAUUCAACUUAAACAUGGGGAUGUCCAACUGGAUGUAGCUAACACUUCUGCCGAAGAAGCCGAUGAAGGUUCAGAAAAUAUCAAAGAUUGCAUGAAAAAAAAACUAGUUGCAAAAUUGGAAGAGAAAGCACUUGAUCAACUACACAUUUUCACAUCUAACAUGAACAAAGUAAUAAACAAUUACUACAGAAAAAACUCGAGGAAUAUUUAA